AUUAAUUCGAACAAAGAAUUGAAAUAUAAUGGGGUAAUUCAAGCCACUGACAUUAACCAAAAAUCACAUCAUUCGGAUCUAUUUGAACCUGAUGCAAUUAAAGUACGCUGCAGGUAUAAACAGUGAUGAGGGUGUGGAUUGGGGUCCUCUAUUUCUGUAUUCUUUAAUUUUUAGACCCCUUUUCUCUUCUUUAUUUUGGCUUAUUAUUCUCUAUACUUUAGAUUUCAGCACCACGUUAUUCUCUACUCUUUAUUUUUUUAUCCUACUUUUUCUCUAUUCUUUAUAUUUGUUGGCCUUUAUUCUUCACUUUUUGCCCAUUAUUCUUUAUUCUGUAAACCCAAUCCAGACCCUUCACUCAUCCGUCCCCAACAUUAGCUACCACUGAUAACGCUAUUCCGUAAAUUUUUCGUUCUCUUGUCCGAUAUUUGUUUAUUUGGUGAUAAGAAAGAUUUAGAGAAUGAAUGACCUUAAAGUUACAACUGUAACCACAGCUUGUCUUCAGUUCAGAGAAUAUCCUAAGUUGCCCCCGCCUAAAGAUGUUGCCAAGGAAACACUAGUUAUUUUGUUCAGUUGGUUAGGAGCGUCACAGAAGGAUAUUAAUAAGUAUUUUGAACUGUAUCAUUCAUUAGGAUACGACAUUCUUCAUGUUCCAGGGAAUGUUAAACACUUUGCGUGGCCACCCACGUCUGUAAAUUUAGCAAGGACAGUGCUGGACUACGUAUGUACAGAACUAUCGCAUUACCGUUUUCUUCUUAUUCAUAGUACAUCGAUCGGUUCCUAUAAUUACACAUCGUGUCUAAUGGAAAUGAAUAGAAACCCAUUGAAAUACUGGAAUUUUAGUCAACGUUUAGUAGGAAAUGUAUUUGAUAGUAUAACAUACGGGUCAUAUGAACGCAUGAGAAUAGGUGUAUCAUAUGGUCUUACUCAAAGUUCGUUUAUCCGGGUACUAUUACAACAGUUAUUGGCCUUGUACUUUAUAGUAACAAAAUCUACAACGGUUGACUUCUAUAAGGAAGGAAUGAAGACAUUUAAAGAACAACAAGCUCUAGUUCCAAGUAUAUUUUUCUGUUGUAAGAAUGAUCAUUUAUGUGAUCAUAGUCUGAUCGAUGUUAUGGUAUCAGACUGGCACCAAAGAAUGACCCCACCAGUUUUAAGUGUGUGCUGGGACUCUUCUGUACAUGCAGGACAUCUUUUCAAACAUAAAGACGAAUAUCUAACUUAUCAUGAAUCAUUCAUGGAAGCCGUUCGAAAUUUUCAAAAAGAGAAAAGAGGCAAAACACAUAAAUUUCAUAAGAAAGCAAAGCUAUAAGAUCCAGAUAUUCCGUACUACCAUAAUUACAGCAUAACGACAUGUUAAGGUCCUUCAAAUUAAACUUAAUAAAAUUAAUUUUUUUUUCGAGCUGUUUAAAUCAAAUAUAAAGUAUGUCAUCACAUUCAAGUUCAAAAUGUUUAAGUAGCGUUAUUAAAAAGUAAUUAUUAGUGAAUGUUUGAUAUUAUUUUGGCCACAGUUCUUAAAAAUUUACAACCCCUAAAUAUUGAAAUCAAAAUCAGAAGGUCUUUUCUGUAUUGACCUACACUAAGGUGUAUUGAUAUGACCAAAAGAUGUUAGAAAACGGACGAGACAUUUUAUACUUCGAACAUUUAUGUCUGUUAAGGGACAAAAUAUUGAAAAACAUAGACCUCUUCUGUAUUAGGUGUGUUUGUGUUUCUAAACUGUAAGCUUCGAUUGUACGUUAAGAAGUAUGCUGAACAACAUUAUCAAAAUAUGCAAUAUGCAAGCAUUUUUAAUAUUUAAUGAAAAAAGGUAUGCGAUGUCUUAACUCUAUACACAAAAUUUCUACACGCACUGUUGACAAAACCAAACGCGAUGGUACAUAAUUUUUUGCUGUUCUUUAUCUCAAAUACACAGUUAGACCUUCAACACAGAGCAAAAGCUCCUAUUUCACUGAAAAUGCUUCACCUGUUCAUUGAAGCGAAGUCUAUGAUGCCACACUAACCUGUGUAUUGAAGCACGGAUAUGCAGGGUUAUAUAAUGAAAAACAAAUUAUGAAAAAUCGGACAAAGAAACCAAACUCGACAGCCUCAUUUACAAAAAACAAAACAAAAAAAAAAAAAACAAAACAAAACACAUUUCGACACACCACUAAGACAUUUGUUAGAUAUAUUAUUUAUUUGUUAGAUAUCUUGGCAGGAUAUAUUAAAUUUAUGAUAAGGUCAUCGAUUCGGAUAGAUUACAUCACAUUUUUUAUAAACAUACAUAAGUGCAUGAAGGAGUACAUAUUUAUCGGAAGUAUUAACAUGCCAAUAGUUAUAUAAUUGAAGAUCAUAUACCUCAAGCACAAAGAAACUUUCUUCAGCCUCUAUAAAGAGACAAGCUCGGUCAUUGUUAAGAACGGAAUUUUUACAGUUAAUUAAACAAAAUCUCUCUUCACACUUGACGAAACCCAAAACAGAGGAACGACAAUUGUAAGAAUCUAGUACACAUGUGCAUACGAUCAUUAAAAAUCAGACCUGUAAUAUAUUAGCACCUAUUUCCUUGUGGUUUUAUAUUAAUAUUCUUUCAUUUCAAAGGCUUUUUUCAAAUAAAAUAUAUGCAAAUAAUGUA